AUGGUCUCCGAAGACCGCCAAAGAGUCAUUGAGACCAACCGGUCUCUGCGCAACAUCAAGAAUGAACUCGAAUCCCUCCUCGAAAAAGGUGUAAUCACCGACGAAGCCUACGACACCAUCUCGGGCCUCCUCCCCGCCGAGUCGUCGUUCAACUCGCGGUCUACCCCCGCCCCUCGCACCAAUCCCUCCUCCCUUCCCACUCCAGCUGCUACCCCCUCCGCCGCUGUCCCUCCCACAGCAGCAAUGGCAGCCCUCUCAGUAGGCGGCAACCCCAACCCUCCCCCUUCAUACGCCCAGUCUACCGGCCCCCCUGCCCUCCCGGGUCGGAACCCUCCCCCUGCUAGUGCCCCGACCAAACCGAUCAUCGCCCACGCGAGAGCGCUUUACAAGUACAAUGCCGCCGACGCGAGAGACUGUAGCUUCGACAAGGACGAUAGGGUUGCUGUGUUUGAGUAUAUGAAUGCGGAUUGGUGGAUGGGGAGGAAUCAGCGGACGGGGCAGGAGGGGAUUUUCCCACGGUCUUACGUUGUGGUGGAGGACGAAAAGGCUGCUCAACCUGCGGCGGUUCUUUAUCCUCCCCAACAGCCGGUCUAUGGUCAGCCUGCUCCGGGGGCGUAUGGAGGGGGUUAUCCGGGUGCGCCACCGCCCGGGCAGCCGUAUCAGCCGCAUGAUCAGGGGCAGCAACAGCAGGGAGAAGAAGGGGGGAGUAAGAUGGGUGAGCAUGGGAAGAAGUUUGGAAAGAAAUUGGGCAAUGCGGCGAUUUUUGGAGCGGGUGCGACGAUCGGGUCCAAUAUUGUGAACUCUAUCUUUUAA